UUCUGUGAGUGUGUGGAGGGAGGUUGUGUGGUCAAGCAAGUCUGAAUUGUGCAGUGUGUUAGGACAAGUUUCAGAAACUUUUAGAUUCAUUCUUGCAAUGAGCAUAUAAUCAGAUAAGGAUUCUCUCUCUCUUCCUUGAUUAUGGACUACAGUAGCUAAGGACUUUUGAACAGAAGUUUACUACUGGAUGAGGCCUCACCUGUUUCGUUUUGAGUUGGAUGUCAACAGUGAACUGUGAGGAGUGGAAGAAGAGAUCAUGGUCACUCGGUUGUGAGAGACAAGUCAGGAUAGGUCAGGAUACCAGUUAUCAUGUCCAUCCAGGAGUGCCCAGAGAGUCCAAUGCUCGAGGAUGAGGAGGGUGAGGAAGACAGAGGGGUGGAGAGGGAGUCAGACAGAGACAGUGCAAUAGACAGUACUCUGUCGUCAGAGAUCUCAGAUGGAGGCAGAACUGCAGAAAAAGAGGAUGGGAUUGGACUUUGCCUCGCAGGAGAAAAGUGUGGUCAGAUGUAUAAUCGUUCCGAGACAUCUGAUCAUUCUACACGUUCAUCUGCUUCAUUAAAUGAGGGGCAGUUUGAGGACUAUGGAGAGGGAGAGGACGGAGACUACACUCCAAGCAGUCCCUUUCCAGAUGAUGAGAUCCGCAUUAAUGGAUGUUCAGAUCUGGGCUCUUCUGUUUCCUCCAGUGCUGGUCAGACUCCUCGGAAGAUGCGCCAUGCUGGUAACCAGAUGGAUGUGUUUUGCUCUCAGUGUUAUAAGAGGGUCAGUCUGCUCAAAGACCUGGAGAACAGGCUGAAAAAUCUCAAAACCAACAGCCCAAACAGAAAGAUCUCCAGCGCUGCGUUUGGAAGGCAGCUGCUCCACAACAGUAACCUCAGCAGUAGUAACGGCAGCACAGAGGAUUUGUUCCAUGACAGCAUUGACUCCAGUGAAACAGACAUUACUGAGAAGGUGAGUUACUUGGACAAGAAAGUGACAGAGCUGGAAAAUGAGAUUCUGAUGAAUGGGGAUGUCAAGUCGAAGCUGAAACAGGAAAACAUACAGUUGGUUCACAGGAUUAACGAGUUGGAGGAGCAGCUAAAAGACCAGGAGGUCAAAGCAGAGAGCAUGAUGGAUGAGGAGCUCAGGAGACACAGAGAGGCCUACAGCCGACUGGAGAAAGACAAAAACACACAGAUAGAGCUGCUCACAAAUCGAGUAUACCAGCUAGAGGAGGAAAAUGGAGAGAUGGCAAUAAACACGAACCGACUUAAAGCCCAGACAGAGAAACUGGAUGAGGAGAGACGGCGGUUGACGGAUAAGCUGGAGGAUGCAAGCCUACGGUUGAAGGAUGAGAUGGAUCUGUACAAUAAGAUGAUGGACAAGCUACGACAGAACAGAAAUGAGUUUAAGAGGGAGAGGGAUACCAUGCAGGAGCUAAUAGAAGACCUUCGGCGAGAACUGGAGCACCUCCAAAUAUACAAGGUGGAGGCAGAAAGAAUGGGGCAUGGCCGCAGAUCUUCCAUUAGCCUAUCAGAAUACAGCACACGAACACGUGAGAAUGAGCUGGAACAGGAGGUCAAGAGACUAAAACAGGAGAACCAGAAACUGAGGGAACAGAAUGAAGAUCUAAAUGGUCAGCUUCUCAGUCUAAGCCUCCAUGAGGCCAAAAACCUGUUUGCCACACAGACAAAAGCACAGUCUCUGGCCAUGGAGAUUGACCAUGCCUCCCGUGAUCAGUUGAUGGAAGCCCUCAAGGAACAAGAGGAGAUAAACUUCCGACUCAGGCAAUACAUGGACAAGAUAAUUUUAUCUAUUCUGGACCACAACCCUUCUAUUCUGGAAAUCAAAAACUAAGCAGUUUAAAAACUUAACUGUGGAUCUAGAGCUCCCCCUGAGGUAGCACUGAACCUCAAAUGACUUGUGCCUCUGUAUGCACAAUAACUACAAUGUGCUGGUGUUCUGUGCACCUUUCUCAUGCUACAGAAAUCUUAAAUAUACUGGUUAAUAUUCCAUGCACUUUUUAAGGACAUUUUUGCUGCUCUGUACAACAAAAAUGAGUUUUAACUGGAAUGUAAUUACUGAAUUUCACCAACUAAUAUGUGUAUACUGCAUAUGAUACUGGAUGUUAUCACAGUGUAUUUGAGUCAUAUGGAUGGUAUACUGUAUGCUUGCUGAGUUUGCACUGGGAUGUGAUGAGAAAGGUUGAAUGAUAAAAAAAAGAGAGAGAAAUAACUACCUAUUUGAUGUCCAUCGAAGCCUGUCCCAUUCAUAGUUGAAGAUUCAAGUAUGAUCAGAGGAAAGAGACAUAUUAUAUAUGUUAUGAUUUUGGUGAGAGAGAUUUAGACUUUUUGUCUUACUAUUAUACGAUAUGGCAUGUGAGGGAAUGAUGUAAGGAGAGACAAAUUAGAAAAAUAGGGGAGAGGUAAUUGAAACUGGAACUUGAAAAGGCAGUUGCCUGUAGUAAAAGACAUACAUUUUAAAGCAGGGCAGUGCUAGUCUAUGUUUGCAAUGUAAAGGUGAAAUGUUUAUUCUGACAUUAUACAUGCAAUAUCUGUUAUCCAAAAAGGAGUGAUAAUUCAAGAGGAUGAAUGUAAAAUGUCAUUGUGAAUGUACCAAACAAGUAGUAUUUUGUAAAUAGUCAGUUCAUCAGCUGAAUUAUGUUCUUAAUAGCCUUAAAGAACUUGCACUUGGUAUUUUAAACUAAAAUAAUAUUUAGUUAAUAAUUUCAAAUGCAACAUUUUCAUGAUUUUUGUAUGUACAAAAGCAUGUACAACAGAUAAUGCAAAUGUAAAACACACAGAAAAGUGAAGUAUUCCUAUACCAGGAAGUUUUCAUAUUUUGAAUGUCAGACAUUUUUUAAAUGUAAAAUUAAUCUGAAAAUGACAACUUUUUUUGAGUAUCCUAAAAGUGUCCCCCAGAGUUACACAUUUAUCUUAUUCAGUCAAUAGAUUGUAUGACAAUAUCAACCAUCUGAUUUAUUCUGUGCUGAUCUAGGCCUACGUUCAGAAUCUGUCAAUUACAAAAAA